AUGGCCGAAAACCGAUAUCGACCCAGCUCGCCUCCAGGGCGCCGAUACGCCGAUCCUCGCGCAUCCACAGGCAUGGUCUUCUCCUCCUCCUUUGACACUCGAUAUGCCAGUCAGCCUCGAUCGAUCAUCGACCCUAUCCCUACCAGUCGCCAUGGGAGCAUCUAUAGCACACAAGGGAUUGCGAGGAAAAAAUUUUUAGAUCCCGGCCAUGCGGGCGGUGGUGGCAUCAUCAGAACGGAAUACCCUGUCCGUCCAAGGAACAACUCCACAACGGGCUCCGAAACCCGCAGGCCUGUUAGUACAUUUAUCAACAGACCCUCGUCGCCCCCUCGUAUUAGACCCGCUAUUAUCAGUUCUUCCCGUGACGAUCCACGGAGUCCUAUUGUGGCGGCAAGAGAAGAACGAUAUCUCGUGCCUGCCACGUCACAAGACCGACAUCAUUAUCGACAUUCGAGCGCCACACGAGCCGAACAAGAUCGACUCGGCCCUAUGAGAAGCAGCCGGCAGUCCGAAUAUCAUCGUCGUGGUGGCUACAAUGGCUAUCCCUACUCUUCCAGUCAUGGAUCAUUGCAGGAUGAAGGCUUUUCCUACACAACCCCAAAGGAGCAAUUUUUACAAGAAUCCUCGAGACCUCCCCAGCGACGAGAAAGUGUCGGGAGACGGGAACGGCCUAUAAGUGUCAUCGGAGGACCAGAAUAUCGACUGGCCCCGAGAAGGGAUCUUGGCCCUCCGCCCUCCUCUUCACGCGUAUUGGAAAGGAUUGAGAGGAGUGAUGCCGGUGCUCGAUACCCGGGACCACGUGGCGGCGACACGGAAGAUCGAUCAGCUGAACCUCCACGUCGGCACCCAUCGAUCAAAGCCCCGGUCUUGCAUCAAUACCGCGAAGAUGGGUAUUCAUCUGCGCGGGAAGACCCGGAACCUCGUCUUCCCGCGAAACCACGUCGAGACAGGCCAGAUGACGACGACAGGCUUCCCAAGCAUAAAUAUCGCGACGAGCGAGAAAGAGAUAUAUUGCGAGAACCUCGUGAGCCCGAUCGUGUUCGAGAUCGGGAACGGGAACGGGAACGGGAACGCGACCGUGAACGGGACCGGGAUCGAGAUCGAGAUCGUGAGAAGCCACGGGAAUCUGACCGAAAUAACCGACCUCCUGAAGAUCGUCGUCAGCCUCGGAGUCGUGAGACUAGCCCAGAUCAUUCGGGUCUUCGCAAAGGACUUGCCACUGCAGCUAGUUUAGCUGCUGCAGGCGGGCUUGCGGGAACGGUGGCGAAGAGUUCUCGGAGUCCUCAAGAUGAUUCGGACGGUGAGGAUCGCAAAGAACGCAAACACCGAAGACGACGACAUCAUGCCGGCGAGGACCCGAGCCCUGAUGAAGUGGCUGGCCGUCUGGAACGGGAUCUGACAUUGACGGACGGGGACCGUGUUCCACACGACCGUCGAAGAGACGAGGUCAGGGCUGACGAUGCAGCUGGUGACCGCGAGGACCGAUAUGAGAGACGAAGACAUCGCCGCCAGAAACACAAAGAUCGACGUGAGCGAGACGACGAGUCUGAUACGACCGAGGAUUCUGUUGGAAGAGGCCCUCCGCGCCAAUAUGAGAGAGAAAGAGACACGGAAGCUCGUGAGCCCCCUCGACCACGUCGGGAUAGGGCACCUUCUCGAGAUGACGAGCGAGAUGUACAACCAUCGUUAGACCAACAUACCAUGUCACCGGGCGGCGAAGAAGAUGGCCGCCUACGGCGCGUCCAAUUGGUCGAGCCAGGGGAGAAGAAAGAGGAAAUCAAGCCGAAGGGAAUUCUGAAACCACCUCGGGAAACUCCAUUCCCUGAAGACCCCAAUCCGGAACGCGAGGGUGUUGCACCUCUGAAAGAUGCAACCAAGGAAGGAAUACCAUCAAACGCACGAUGGACCAAGAUCAGUCGUGCUCUGGUGAAUCCAGAAGCAUUAGAAAAAGCACAUGAGAGAUUCGAAGAAAGAGACGACUAUGUGAUCGUCCUGAGAGUGGUGUCGAGAGAUGAAAUCAUGAAGUUGGCAGACAAGACCAAGGAGAUCAGAGAAGCCCGUGAACGACAAUGGCAAGCCGAACUAGAAGAACGGCGCCGUCGACGCAAAGAAAGAGGUGAUAACGCCGACAGUAGCGACGACGACUUUAGCGACGACGACGAUAAGCCUCGAUUGGCGAUCGACCAAGCUCCUCCUAGUCAGGGUGACCCACGAGCCUACUUCGCACAACAGCAACAGCAGUCGCAGAGAGACGAAGUACCGGUUCCGAUGAGUAUACCUGGACAGCCAGGCGUGGUUCCUCAGGCCACUGCUCCUCUGCGCCCGACACCGCCACCCCAAGGAGUGUCUGUUCCAGAUAUCCGGGUCGAGCCCAAUGCCGGUAACUAUUCCACAAAUGUAUGA